CCCUUGUCGGUGGAUUCCAGAUUUCGGGUAAGAGGAGUUGCUGCUGGUGUGUUCGUUUUUUUUUACCCCUCUACGGUUCCAUUUCUCGAAGUUCUUUUGUGCAUCCAAGGCCGCUUCCCGCUAAGCUGCUCUGAUCGGGGUUUUGGGUGGCGAAAGAUGAAACGGUUCCUUGCCUUCCAUGGCGUUCCAGAGAGCCCCUGCUACCAAAUCUAGAGAAGGUAGCUACCGAUGAGCUGAUAUGUCAUCAAAUUACUUCGUCAUGCUUAAGGACUAGGAUUAAUACGAUCUCAAGUAACACGAACCAAAGAACAACACAAAAACUCAGGCGAUGGAUCUGCUGCGCAGAGCUUACUCCAAUUCCUCCGACGAAGAACCCGAACCCAAACCCAAACCCGCACGUCCCUUCCACCCUCCGCUGAAGCGACCCAGACCCGAAAACCAUACAAUCUCCUCCCCCAAAUCCAAUCCCUUGUAUCCUCCUCCAGCCGAAGCUCCCGCUCAUGGAAGAUAUGUAUCCAAAAGAGAGCGUGCCCUCCUGGGUUUGGGUUCACCAUCCACUGAGGUUCUUGACCCAGGAAACACUUAUCCUUCAGCUUCAACUUCUGCCGCUGUUUCAUGUAUGGGAAGUUUAUUGGAUUCAGACCUACCAUCUGAUGUUCUAUCACUGUUGAGGCAUCAAACAAAAGGUCGUGGGCAUCUUUGUCAAAUACAAGGAAGGCUAUCUAUAGCUCUCAAGGGCCAUACAAAGGCUGUCAACACGAUCCAAUGGUCAGAAAGUCAUGCUCGUCUUCUUGCAUCGGCUGGCAUGGAUCAUAAGGUCUUCAUAUGGAAUGUGUAAGCACGCAUUCUGAGCCAUCACAAUGCUGCAGUGAAGGAUGUGAAGUGGUCAAAGCUUGGUUGGCAUGUACUUUCCUGUGGAUAUGACUGCACAUCAAGGUUGGUUGAUAUUGAAAAAGGGAUAGAGACUCAGGUAUUCAAGGAGGACCAAGUUGUCAAUGUUGUGAAAUUCCACCCAGACAACUUCAACCUUUUCCUUUCAGGAGGAGCAAAAGGCCAGCUCAGGUUAUGGGAUGUCAGAACUGGCAGAGCAACACAUGAGUAUAUACGUCAACUUGGUCCAAUCCUUGAUUUGGAAUUUUCUCUAGAUGGCAAGCAAUUCAUCUCUUCGAGUGAUGUCUCCUUUAGCAAUAUCAGCGAAAAUGCAAUAAUAGUUUGGGAUGUUUCCCGGCAGGUUCCUCUUUCCAAUCAGGUUUAUGGAGAGGCCUAUACCUGCACUUGUAUUAGGCAUCAUCCAACUGAGCCUUGUUUUGUUGCCCAGUCAAAUGGAAAUUAUAUCGCCCUUUUCUCUUCAAACCCCCCUUUUCGGCUUGACAAGUAUAAAAGGUACGAGGGUCAUGGAGUCUCUGGGUUCCCCAUCAAGUGCAACUUCAGCCUAGACGGUGAAAUGCUUGCAACGGGCUCUUCAGAAGGUUCCAUAUACUUUUACAAGUACGGGUCAUCUGAGCUUCUCCGGAAAACCAAGGCGUACGCAUCACCAUGCGUGGACGUGGCUUUCCACCCCAUCAUGUCAAAUUUUAUUGCAGUUUGCAGUUGGGCUGGAGAUAUAUCGGUGUUCGAGUAGCUUACUGUAUUUCCGGACUCACACAAGCUCAUAAUUUUCCUUCCCCCUCAUUUUCAGCAUUUAGAAGAGAAGGUACCCCUAUACCAACGGCAUGUGAUUGCUGACAGACGUGCAAGAGACUAAGAGUAUUGGUUUUAGCUUUGCCAUCGUUUAUCAUUUAAUUCUUAACUUCUAAUCUGGUUGCCCCAUGGAAUUCUUGAACUUUGUGGGAAGUUGAUUUUUUCUCUCUGAGUCUCUCUUGAGGAACUAUUGUGAUGACUCGCUUGUUU